AUGUUCCACGCCUUCAGAGUCCACUCUAAGGAUCGAGACUACCUCAGGUUUUUGUGGUGGGAAGAUGGUGAUCUCACCAAGGAACCCAUAGAUCAUAGGAUGAAAGUGCAUCUGUUCGGCGCCGUGUCUUCCCCAGGUUGCGCCAACUUUGGACUGAAACAACUGGCCAAAGACCACGAAGACAUUGGAAAAGAGGCAGCAGAUUUUCUACAGAAGGACUUCUACGUCGACGAUGGCAUCAAAAGCGUUGAAACAGUCAACGAAGGUGUCGAUUUAAUUAUGAAAGCCAGAGAAAUCUGCGCCAAAGGAAACCUCAGGCUACACAAAAUAGUGUCAAACAGCCGAGAAGUUAUGGAAAGGAUACCAGAAACGGAACGUGCUAAGUCCGUUAAAAACUUAGAUCUUGACCUUGACCUUGAAGACUCACCAAUAGAGCGAGCACUUGGUAUUCAGUGGUGCUUAGAGUCGGACUCAUUCUGUUUCCGCCUUACACUGAAAGAUCAACCCCUUACAAGAAGAGGCAUCUUGUCAACUGUAGCGUCAAUCUACGACCCAUUGGGUUUCGUUGCACCAUUCGUUCUUCUUGGAAAGAAACUUCUCCAGCAAAUGUGCGGCAAGGCCAUGAACUGGGAUGACCCCCUCCCUGACGAACUCCGACCUUUGUGGGAGCAGUGGAGACUUGAACUAGGAAAGCUCUCAGCUAUCAAGAUAUCCAGAUGCUAUAAACCACAGAACUUUGGAGAAACAAAGACAGCGGAACUACACCACUUUUCCGAUGCCUCCCUAAGCGGCUAUGGACAAUGUUCAUAUCUCCGCCUGGUUGAUGACAAGAAACAAGUGCAUUGUUCACUUGUCAUGGGGAAAUCGAGAGUUGCUCCACUGAAGCCGGUAACCAUACCAAGAUUGGAACUUCAAGCGGCAGUUGUUUCAACCAAAAUAAGCGACCUCCUCAAUCGGGAGCUGGACAUAGCAAACAUAACGAACAUAUACUGGACAGAUUCAAAGGUAGUCCUUGGCUACAUAAACAAUGAGGCACGCAGAUUCCACAUCUUCGUCGCCAAUCGCGUCCAGAGGAUACGGGACUCCACCGAAGUCAAUCAAUGGAGAUAUGUUAGCACUCAUGAAAAUCCAGCGGACUUGGCCUCAAGGGGUUGCAGUGCCGAGGAGAUUGAAUCUUCCGACUGGUUGGUCGGACCUGCUUUCCUUCGGAAAGAUGAAAUUCCAAUUGACAAGGCGACUACACCACAGCUGCUCAGUGAUGACCCUGAUGUGAAAAAGAUCCAUGCAGUCAACACAGUUAGAUCAUUUGAAACAAGAACCUUGUUGCACAGAAUUGGCAAAUUCUCAACCUGGUCUUCUGCUGUAUCUGCUGUGGCCGUACUCCUUCGAUGCUGUUUGAGAAAAAAAGGCACGAACCAUCCUCCCCACAAGAGCUCCGUGAAAGGGCUGAAAGGUUGA